GACAGAGAAAAAAAACCAUGGGUAGAACAUGAACCGCACUCGGCCCAUGGCCGUGUGGUUAAAAAGAAAUUGCAGACCUGCCAGCUCUCACGGCUCUGCCAUGAGUCUCGCGGUUUUUUAUCUUUUCUCACGGCCUCACAACAAGACUCCGCAUUCUCACAAUUUUUUGGGGAAAAUCAUUCUGAAAUGAAAUAUUAGCUGUAAAAUAAAAGGAAUGAAAAAUUAAUGGAAAGCGAGUGCCAUAAACUGAUAAAGUGAUAAGUGAAUAAAGCAGAACUCUACACUGUUACAUUUGUACUUGUGUUUACCGCUUUUCUGCCGAUUUUUGCCUAGUUCCUAGGCCUCCACUAGUAAUUUUAUGCAGCGGCUAUGUUAACCAUUAACCGAACCUUGAUCCCAUGCCGAGAUGACCCCUUGCUAUAAGUUUCGUCCCAGUGAUGACCUAUUGCUAUCAUCAAAGAAAGCUGCAUCUUCUUACAACAGGGAACACAAAUAAAGGAAUGAAGGUAACACUUAAAAAGAACACUUAAUGACUGCCCUUAAUGGAAACAGGGUUUGUUUAAUCUUAAUUGAGAAAAAAGUAGAAUCUCACAAUUUUUUUGUAGAAUCUCCAGAUAUUUUUUCAUGGGUAUCCAGAUUUUCCUUUAUCAGGGGUUGGCAGGUCUGAAAUUGUCACAAUCCUAUGGCUGCUUGAAAUAGAUGUAGAAUGGUAAGCUUAAUUCUGAGCAUCCCAAGGAUGUGACAAGCCCUUUUUAGGCAUACUUCAAACAUUUUAGAAAGAGGAUUUUGCAAAAAUAAGUACUAAUUCAUGAUAAUCAAGAUUGUCAACGUCAAGGACUUACAGCCUACAUAACAAAAGCAUGUAAACAUUGUCUUUCAGAUGCGUCUGGACGAGAGAAAGAAUUAUGAGGCAGGUCUGAAAAUAGCAUAUAAGUUUAAGGUCUAAUCUGAAAAUAAGGCAACAAAUUUUGGGUCGCGUGGUGAGUAAGGAGAGGUUUUCAAGAAGCUUCCCCCCCCCCCAUCCACGUCCACAUCCACGUCCAUUCAAGGCUUUUAAAAGUUACGUCGCAUGCGAUAAUUGAAUUGACCAAGUUUACUUGGGUUUGGAUCGAGAUAAAAGUUGAUCGUUACGCUCAAAACAAGAGCUGUCCACCAUGGAUAAGGUGGGGUUGGCGUAGCACGUUUGGAAUGUUAUCCUCAGCUAUCCGACAAGGAUCUAUGAGGUACGAAACGACACAGCCGUGAAAAACGUUUGCAAGCACAAACCGACAAAAAAUUCACUUCUAUUCUCGUUCUGAUGCUUAAUUUAUCUCGGCCUUUUUGUAGAGUUCGUGUUCUCGGCUAUGCUUCGCUCAUUAGUGAAAACCAGACUGUGUGUGCGUUGGAAUUUCAGUCACUUCAACUCUGUCGCUCGGUUGAGUCACUCAGCUGGUUUCACAACAGCUGAUUUCCCAAGCGACCCAAAAACAAUUGAAUGGCAGCUCGACAAAUGAACGAGAAAUAAACGCAACACUUCUCUGCACUCGCUAACAGAACAUACCUUUGUUAAAUUGAGCUUCUCAGUCUUCUAAAGGAGGUCUUCAAACGUUGAACUGAGAGCGUGCUCGCCUGCACCACCUUGAUCUCCACGAACCUCCCACGUGAAAGCACGCGGAGCCCGAACCGCAAGGGGACAGUCAAGGGGACAUAUUUUAGGAGAUUUUUUUGGUGAGCAACCGCAUGCCAACAACUGCAUCGCAGACUCAGCCGAACGAAAGAUCGCGAGAGUCACGAACAAGAUGGUGUCAAAGGUGUCUUCACGGUCUCUCUGUUCACUCAUUUGGCUACUGCUAUUUACGUCAAAUUCUGACGCAGUUCAUCCUAGUGCAGUUUAUCGGAGUUUCCAUCAGAAUGAUCACUUCACCGUCCCUUUACCUAACUCAACCCUGUCCGCACAGUGCAAGGCAGCGUAUGACAAGUUGAUGAAUCCCAACUCCUCUGACGUCACGGAGUUAGUGGCUUAUAUUGAUGCAAUGGGUAAACCUCAAAGUGGAGUCACUGUGGGCAAUCUUGCCUGGUUUGGAUCUUACGGAGAGUGUCAGAAUUUAAUGGGAGCUCACUACUGUUUAGCUAGCAUCAAGAUCAAUCUAAAAACUGGAAAUAAAAAUCAGACAUUACCAAUACAGUGGGGAUUGUGUGUUCCAAAGAAUUGCAGUGACGAUGAUGUAACAAAUGGCCUGGAGAAGAUAUUGAAUUUGACUGAUAACGUGGUACAGUUGAACCAUCAGGGUCAGUUUCUGACCAGCGGCACAACCCAGAGAUCAGUGAACUGUGCUAAACCAUCAGAAUACACUCCAGGAGUUAUUGCUACUAUUUCAGGCAAUUUGGGUGUGGCAUUUCCUCGUCUUUUGAAUCGGUUUAGUUUCCAAGCAGUAGCCAAUGCUUUUUUCUCUGUUGACAGCUUUUUCUUUUUGAGUGGUUUGCUGGUCUCAUACCUUUCAUUUCGUCGAAUGGAAAAAUCAAAGGGUCAGUUGCCUCUUUUUCAGUUUUACUUUCAUCGAUUCUGGAGGUUGACUCCAACAUACAUGUUUGUGUUGUUAUUCUACGACAAGCUUACUGGCUUCUUGGGUGAUGGACCAGCUUGGUUCCAACAGCAGGCAAACCCUGCAUGUGACAAGUACUGGUGGUCAAAUCUUCUCUACAUCAACAAUUUCUGGCCAUCUGGUUUGGGAAAAGAGUGUAUGAAUUGGAGUUGGUAUCUUGCCAACGACAUGCAGUUUUAUAUCAUCAGUCCCAUCAUCCUUUUGGCAACUAGAGGAUUUGGUAAUCGUGGUUUCAUAAUAACAACAUCAAUUCUUCUUGUCACUCACUUCAUCACCACUGCUGUCAUUAUUGGUCACUACAAUCUUAAUGCAUCAUUGAUCGGGGGUGGUGAAAACCCCAAUGCUCGUGCCAAAGAUGCACCAGACUUUUCCAACCUUGUGUACGUGAAGCCUUAUUGUCGUAUCUCCCCUUACCUUGUUGGAAUGGCUUUAGGAUAUGUGCUACAUCUACAGAAGGAAUCAACAAAGAAACCCAAGUGGAUUGUGAUGCUUGGUGGUUGGUGUGUAGCUAUCAUCCUGGCAGUUACUGUUGUGUAUGGGCCUUACAAGUCUAUAAAAAUCCCAAAUGUGCCUUUUACUAAGUUUGAGAACAUCAUGUACGGGACAUUCAGCCGCUUUGCCUGGGGACUGGCUCUAGCUUGGUUGGUUUAUGCCUGUCAUCGUAGAUUUGGAGGCUUGGUAGACAGGAUAUUAUCUGCUCAUUUCUGGAUUCCUCUCAGUCGCUUAACCUACACAGCCUAUCUGGUACAUCCAAUUGUACUUUUUGUGUUCUUUGGAUCAUUUCAAACUGUUUUGGCCUACUCAGACCUUCACUUGGCCUUUUACUUUGUAGGUGCUGUCACUAUUAGUUACUGUGUGGCAUUUAUCGUCUCUGUCUGUGUUGAAUAUCCCACACUGCAACUGGAAAAGCUUUUCUUCAACAGGGACCGCUGAGCAGCAAGAGUUACCAGGGACCGCUGAGCAGCAGGGGUUACAACUGGUUAAAAAGAAGAAAGUUGUAAAAACUAUGCUGACAAGUCCCAUUAGCUUAGUCACUAAACCAUAUUACAUGUAUGUUUAGACAGAUUAGCUGUCAACUGGCCCCUUGGCAAGGCAUUAAAAAAUGCUGUUGUCAGAUUUUAUGCUAUCAGUGUUUAAAAAUAACAUUAGUUUCAAAGUAGAUUUAUUUCAUAACAUUUAAAAUUGUAUCAGUAAAACAACAAUUUUGUCAGUAUAAAGCCAUAACAUUUUUUAUUCACUAGAAUUAGGGAAGGUUUUUGAAAACAAAGUUGUCAUCUCUAUCUGUGUUGAUUUACAUCAAUUAGAGAGGCUUUGUUUAAAAGGAACCGCUGAACAGUAGGAGUUAAUGAUAUAGCUAAAAAAGAUGCUAACAUAUUAGGAGGCUGUUGUCUGAACUAGCUAACAAGUCCAUCUGCUUGGUCUCCAAAAGUUACAUUUUACAUCUUGUGAGAUGCUUGUAAACAAUGUAGCUGUGUAUGGCCCCUUCUUGCUUGAGAAGGCAUUAUUUGGUGGCCAUUUAGCAAUGUUGUCUUCUAGAACUUUAGUAAGUGACUAAUGAGAGAUGCUUGAGUCAGAUUUUUAUGCCUCUAAAUUAAAGUUAGAACUUUUUAAGUAGAUUUUCUUUUUAAUAAAUUUAAAACUUCAUGUUU